AUGGCUCCUGGUAUCAUGUCCCCCGUUCCGGGAAACAUCACUUCCCCUCUCUCAUCCAAGUUCCCUGGGGGCUCCAGAAAGGUGUCUUCUAUGUCUACUAUGUCGAUGUUUGACAGUGACACUCUCUCUAACGGUGGCAUGUCCCGCCCGAGCAACUCUCGCCGCGAGUCAUCCUUCUUUACUAAGAAGUUCAGCGCUGCUGGAAGCUCCAAGCUCACUGGUGUGAUCCAGAACUUGCAGCGCGAUAGCGGCGCUGAACUGGGCUCGAAUGCGCAUUCCAUCCUAUUCAAUACCAAUCAUUCUGACAUCUUGAACUGGAUCGCCAACAAGCGCAUGAACGAUGUUCCCGCAGAGGGAAGCAGCUAUGAUAAGGUGCUUGCUUGGGCUCAGCUCUUCGUUGAGCGCCUGCACUCAUUUGACGUCGCAAUCCGUGACUUCGAGGGAAGCAGCUUAUUUGCAGCUCAGCUUUCUUACGGUUACUGCUUGAUGCUGCUUCAGCUUCCCAAGGAGAAUGCGACUGCCCUGAUGACAUCCUUUGGAUUCUUCCACAGCACUUCUUCCUCUUUGGUUAACCUCCUUGAGCGCACUGAGCUCUUUGCUGUCUCCCAGGAGAUCAAGGACCAGCUUGUUGAGGCUUUGGCCGACCUUGUUUCUUUGGUUGCUGGUGUCUCUACCCACUUCCACCAGUCCAUCGAUGCCUUGACUGAAGGAUCCAUCUCUAUUAACAUCUAUGAGACCUUCACUGGUGCGAUUGAGUCCUUCCGUGAGCGCUGUGCGAAGAUCUCAGACUCCAUGUGGCGCCACCAGCUGGUCAACGACAACAAGGACCCCCAACUUGUCUCCGUUGUCAAGUCGAUCCGCUCCUGGUUGUCCCCCGAGGACCGAGUCCUUAGCCACCUCGCCGAGAACACUUCCCACCUGGCCCACGAGCGUGAGGAAAUGACCUGUCUUUGGAUGGACCCAUACCUGACCCACUUCCUGAAGAGUAAUAAGCAUGCUCUUGCUUUCACUGGUGCUCCGGGCUCUGGCAAGACCGUGUUGGCCUCAGUUAUCGUGGACCGCCUGCAUGACCACAUCGGUGGUGUUACAUACAAAUCGUUGUUCAUUCCCAUCAAUGCCAGAAUCCCUGCGGAGACCACACCCAUUGCUGUUGCAAAGACAAUUUUUUUCCAGCUCUUUGAAAAGCGCAUUGGAAAUGUUAAGCUUCUGCAGAUUCUCCAUGAUGCCUACGACCUCAGUAAGAGGACCACCGACGAGGGUGAGUACGAGAACAUUCUCUGGCGCGCACUCGAGGAGGCUCUCGCUGCUGCUCUUGCUCGUGCUAAGGACCUUGUCAUCGUUGUCGAUGGUGUUGAUGAGGCUUCCUGUGGCGAGGCCCACUUGCUCCAGAAGCUUAUUACUGCCACCGCGAACGGAACUAAUGUGAAGUUGAUCACUCUUGGUGCCGAGAAGCCCCAGACGUCUGUUGGCGUGAUGCAGGUUCCUGUUAGUGGAGACCGCAUUACCGACGACAUCUCUACUGUUGUGCGCAGCCAUUUCUCCCUCGGCACGAAGGCCGAGACUAAGAACUUCUUGGCCAUGGACGAGAUGGAACAGGAAACUCUGGUGGACCAGAUUAGCGAGGCCUCUCGUGGCUCAUUCCUCUGGGCCAAGCUCUGCACCAAGCGUGCUCGCCAGGAACAUACUCCUGAGGAUGUCCGCAAGCUUGUCGACACCCUUGUCAAGAAUAAGCCUACCAUCGCCGACUUUGUUUUUCACGCAGUCCAGUCUCCCAAUGUCACUGAGGAUGCUAAGCACAUGCUGCUUUGGCUUGCAACUGCUGACCGUCCUUUGCUGACUCGCGAGCUCAUUGCACUUUCCUCCGUUCAGGUGGACAAGCAGACCGUUGUCGAGCGCAAGCUCAACGUUCGCGACACUAUCAAGCCCCUGAAAUCCCUCAUUUUCAUGCAAGAUGGCCAAGUCUAUCUGCGUCAUGGUCUUAUCAGAACCGCAGUCCUGGAUGUUUUCUCGAAAGGCAAACUGGUCCCAACCGUCAAGGACCGUCACUCUGACCUUGUGACCCGCCUCUUGGUUUACAUCAAGCACGCCGUUCCCGAGCAGCAUGAGCCUUCCCCCACUCCCCUGGAUGGUCGUGAUGUUACUCAUCGUGUCAAAACCCACCCUCUGCUCGAUUUCGCCGUUCGGUACUGGCCCCGUCACUUGAAGCAGACAGCCACCUACACCACAGGUGGUGAUGCCCCCACAGCCAAGGAGUUCGGCAAGAUCUUCCCCGUGAACGUUAGCCUCUUGCUUCUCCAGACAACUCUCUGGGGCAACUUGUCUACCCCAACUCUGCUCAGCUACUACACCACCGUCACCAACUUGUGUCGUGAGGUUUUCACUACCAAGAGCCCCGUGACUCUCCAGUCUAUCAUGUCUCUGGCUAUCUUCUACCGUGAGCUCAACCAGGCUCCUCAGGCUGUUCACUUGUUCUAUGAGAUCACCACCCUGAGCAAGACCUUGCUUGGUACUACCCACACGCUCACCAUGGAGAUGGCUCGGUUCUACCUCGAUCUUACUGUCGAUUCGGUCACUACGACCAAGUCCGAGAUCAUGACCAAGCGGGAGGAGCUUCUGAUUAUCAUCAUCGAGUGCUACCAGGUGCACUACGGUGAGAAGUCGGAAAAGACCAUCAGCCUCAUGAAGAAACUUAUUGAGCACUACCGCAUGACGAAGGAGGAGCAGAAGAUUCAGACUUGGACCCAGAAGAUCCACCAUCUGACCACCACCACCACCAGUUAUGAUGCUGAUGACUCUCGUGAUCUCAGCGUUCGUCUCAAGGGUUACAAGCAAGAUAUCGGCGACACCGGUAUCAGCUUCCUCUUGCAUGCUGAGAGCGACGAGGCCCACGAGAAGUCCCAGUCCUUCGAGGGUGAGAUUACUCAGGCUGACAAGUACAUUGCUGAAGGCUGCCUUGAGCUCGCCGAGCGUUUGUACAUUGAGCUCUGGCAGCGUGCUACCACCGAGGACCACAAGCUGCGCGCUGUCCUUGCCUACACCAAGUUCCUGAAGACCCAGAAGCGUGAGACAGAGGCCUCUUCGAUUCUGUCUAGUGUUUGGGAAGAGCACAAGAACAGCACUCACACCUUGUCUGAAACCUCAACCUCUCACUUUGAGGAGAUCGCCAAGGUUAUGACCACUGUUGGUCUUACCGUGGCCGCUUUGAGUAUCUUCAAGCAUUGUGCCUCGUUCUACCAGCGCACCAACCGCUCUUCCUCCCACUCCGAGGUCCAGAAAUACAUCGCAUCUACUUAUGAGCAUGUGACCAAGCAAGCCAGCACUUCCACCUCUGGCUUCUCCGAGUCUACUUUGGAAGAGAUUGUUUACGAAACUUCCAACUCCUCCCGACUGGAUGAGAGUUCCACUGCCACUAUUCGCACCUUGCUGACUAUCUACACUAAGGAGCACCGCUGGAAGGAUGCCACUCGGGUGCUCAAGAAGGUCCUCCGCGGUGUUUGGCCUUCCUUGUUUGCUGCUUCUAUUCAGGAUGUCGUGCUUCCUACGGAGCGCGUCAACGAGAUCCUUGAUCUUACCGAGCGUUUGGCUCAGUGUUAUCACUACCGCCGCCGCUUCCCCCGCGAAGAAGGCAUUCGCGUCCGUGUGUACCGUGCCGUUCGUGCCGCGCGCCCCGUGGAUGACAAGCUCAGAGAGACCGUCAAGAACCAGUUGAUCACUUUCUACGAGCGCUCUUCUCAGCCUGACCAGGUGAUCAACACCUACCAGGAGGUUUUGGAUGACUACACCAAGCACUACAACCCUGACCAUGCCACCGUGAUCGCGACCCUUUACACAUUGGCUAAGCUUACUAGUCCGCGCCCCGUCUUUGUCGAGUACUACCAGCGCAUUAUUCUUGCCAUUAACAAGGAUCCUACUGUUAUCAAACCGGAAGCGUUGGAACCUAUCAUCAUCGUUGCGACUGAGCUCUGGACCCAGACUCGCUAUAGCGAUGCUGUUCAAUACUUCGCUCUUCUCUUCACCACCUUCUUGAAUCAGCCCAAGCAGAGCCCUAAAUUCCAGGACGAGAGCUUUGUUCAACAGAUCUUUGAUCGUUACACUCACUGCCUGCGUUCCAAGCGCACUGAGUUCAGCACCAUUCACAAGGUCACUGUUGACUUCCACAGUAAGGUGAAGACUGUGUUCAGUGCAACUGCCACUAUCACCAUCCAAGCUACCUUGACUCUCGCCAAGGUCUGCCAGGAGACCAAGACCCACGAGGGCACUGCCAUUGCUCUCUAUGAGGAGCUUUUGAAGCUCAAGCCUGCUGGUAUUGACCUCGAGGAGAUUGAAGCUACCCUUGAUGGCAUCUUUGAGGAACAGACUGCCACUGCCACCUCGAAGUCCCAGACCAUCUCAUCUGAGCAAAAACAGCGUGUCACCAAGGUUCUACGCAAGCGCAUUGAAUCUACUCGCUCGACCUACGGAUGGGCACACGAGGAGUCUCUUUCCAAGCUGCAGGAGUUCGUCUCGUUCCACUCGAAGCAAAAUGACACCCAGGUUGUUACCAAGGAGCUGCACGAAACCACCAAGCAGAUCUUGACCUCUCAGACUUCAUCUGAGCGCCUUGUUGCUGCUGCCACUACCAUCGCGGCUAGCUACAUUGCCACCAAUCAGACCCACAAGGCCGUCGAGCUCACCGAAGAGCUCUACCGUCAGAUUGUGAUGAAAGACACCUCCAAGUCCAAGGAGUCCCAGCUCGAGGUUUCGUCCAACGGUCGCCAGAGCCUUGCAUUCCUCGCUCAGCUCCAGCAGAGCCUGCGCCACGGCUCCUCCAGCAUCACCGAGAUUCUCGCUUCGUUGACGACUGAGUAUGUCUACUUUGAGGAGUUCCGCAGCGUCACCAAGUCCAAGAGCAGCACUUUCCACAGUGUCUCCGUCUCGGCCACCCGUCUGUACAACUUCUUGCUCUCCAACAAGCGCCAAGAUGCAGCCAACCAUGUCUUCAAUGAAUUUGUUGCUUACUUCAGUGCCACUGAAGGCAAGCGCAUCAAGUUGACUCAGACUGCCCAGGUCAAGAUCUUCCUCAUCACUAUCAUUGAUUACUUGACCAAGCACCAGACUUCAAACUUCGUGCGCUCCGUGGGUAUCGCCGCCAACACCAAGGUUCUGGAGCUUCUCGAUGCCAAGAACUUCAAGGGUGCAAGCAACCUUGCUAUUGCUGCAUUCGCCUACAUCUCGGCCCACGAUGUCUACCGUACUCCCGAGAUUGUGAAGUUUGUCUUCACGCUUGGUGUCCUCAUCUCUGGUCACAGUCUCACUCCCCAGCCCGACGCCGCGACUCUCAAGGAACUCCGUGGCACCUCUGGACUGAUCAUGCAGGAGGUUCUUCGUGUCAUCGUUGAUCUGAAGAUCAACUUGGCCCAAAUCAAUCUUGAUUACCUUAACAUCCUGAUUGGUCUUCUUGGUGAACAGCAGGACUACAAGAACCUCGUGUGGAUCCUUGGCGACCUUUGGAACAGCCGUCACCGCCAGUCCUCCUGGACCCCUGCUGUGACCUUGGACCUGGCCCGUCGCUACAUCCUUGCCCGCUACCUUGUCGGUGAUAAGCUCAAGGCUUCUCGCCUUGCUGAGGACAUUGUAUACAACUGCCGCCGUGUCAACGGUGCCCGCCACCCCAGCACUUUGGAGAUGUCCACCCUCCUGUCGCAACUCUACACCGCGAUCGCCCAGCGCUACCAGGCCGAAAAGAACGGCCAGCACCUGGCCAACAAGUACUAUAAGAAGAGCGCCGGUGUUCACGAGUCUCUGCUCCGCGUCUUCGUCGACCCAUCCCUUGCUGAGUUUGAGGGUGCCCUCGACGGCAGUUUCAGCAUGGACGGUUCCACCUACGAUAUCAACAUGCACGACCAAGUCUCUGAUGCUGGCUCUGCCGAGACUGGCGAUCACGCUCGUGCCCACCUCCAACUCUUCAAGCUCUCUGUGCAGCGCAUUGGUGACUGGCCCAAGGACUACGAUGAGUACAAGAGCCUGAACGAUGAUCUCUUCCGCCUGUUCGGCGAAGAGCUGAAAGGUGUUGAGGGCGUUGAGAAGUGGAACCUCAAGGACUUCGGUGCUGGCAAGGCCUCUUCUUCUGAGGAUACUUUGGACGUGCAGAAUUUCUCUUGGUCUAUUGAAUUGGGUCAACAGAAUGGGGAUGUUGAGGAGGAAUUGUAA